GGUGGUGCGCGCCGUGUUCGCGUGCGGCGGCUUCUGGCGCGUGCGCGUCAAGGGGCGGCGCGCGGCGGCCGCCGAGGCGCCCGUGCUCGCGCUGGCGCCGCACUCCUCCUUCUGCGACGCGCUGCCCGUCGUCUGCCUGGGCGCGCCCAGCGUCGUCGCCAAGGCCGAGACCGGCCAGCUGCCCUUCUUCGGAAGCGGCUGACGCCCGUCAUCUGCUGGCUGGGGCGCAGCACGUACCGCGCGGGCGGCAUGCGCCUGGAGGUGAAGGGGCGGCAGGCGACGCGCGCCGAGGCGCCCAUCCUCGUCGUGGCCCCGCACUCCACCUUCCUCGACGCCAGCAUCACCUACGUCACGGGCUUCCCGUCCAUCAUCGUGCGCCGCGAGAGCGGGCUCAACCCCUUCAUCGGAAAGCUCAUCAACUACACGCAGCCCGUGUACGUGUGGCGCGAGGACCCGGAUUCCAGGCAGAAGACUAUUAGAGAGAUCGUGGACCGCGCCACAUCGCCUCUGGAUUGGCCGCAGGUGCUGAUCUUCCCCGAGGGCACGUGCACCAACCGCUCGUGCCUCAUCACCUUCAAGCCCGGCGCCUUCUACCCCGGCGUGCCCGUGCAGCCCGUGUGCAUCCGCUACCCCAACAAGCUCGACACCGUCACGUGGACGUGGGAGGGGCCCGGCGCGCUGAAGCUGCUGUGGCUGACGCUGACGCAGGUGCACAGCAGCUGCGAGAUCGAGUUCCUGCCGGUGUACCACCCCGACGCCCGCGAGCGCGCCGACCCCAAGCUCUUCGCCAGCAACGUGCGCCGCCUCAUGGCCAGGGCGCUCGGGGUGCCGGUGUCCGACUACACGUACGACGACUGCCGCCUGCUGACGCGCGCCAAGCGCCUGCGCCUCCGCCUGCCCGCGCCGGCGCACUCGUCGAGGCGCAGCGCCUGCGCCAGCGCAUCGGGUGAGCCCCCCCCCCCCCCUCCCAUAUUACGAUACUUAAGAUCGUAAGGACAUCCAAACUGUUCUAAAAAAUUAAUAUAUUCCAAACACCUCUAAUAUUUCAACUGUGGGCGUCGGAAACUUGUGUGUGAAUGAAAGGAGGGCGCGGCGGGGGCGGGCCCGGGGCGGGGGCGGCGGCGGAGGAGGAGCGGCUGCUGGCGCAGCUACGCGCGCUGCCGGAGCACGUGUCCCUGGCGCAGUUCGCGCAGCUGCUGGGCGCGCGCGCAGACGACUCGCAGCUGCAGCAGCUCUUCCACCUCUACGACAAGCAGGGGGACGGGCGGCUAGCGUUGCGCGACUAUCUCUUCGACUCGCUGCUAGUGGCGCGACGCUGCGGCUCCCCACAGGAAGCUCUGCAGCUGGCCUUCCAAGCAAUGUCCCGACGUAGAGGUCUUUCACUUUCUGAAAUUCGGAGAGCAGUAGAACAAAUUUCGGAAAACGAGGACGAUUUAUUGUCAACAGAUAAUGAUGAAGAGAGUGAUAGUGAAGUAGAUUUUGAAAUUGUAGCACCAGAGGCCAGUGAUGAACAUGAGGAAACUGAUGAAUCUGAUUCAGAAUAUUAUAAUGAAAAUUGGACUGAAACAGUUGUAACUCGGUAUCAUGGUAAAGAUGGCACAGGAUGGUUCGCGGAGCCGACUAGUACAGGCAGACAGCACCUUUUACAUCUAAGAAAAAUGAAGACAAAGCUAAAAAAAGAUGUCACUUGUGCCAUUGGGAAAGAAGUAGAAAACAAAGACAGAUGUAGCAUCUGUUCAAAACCUGUAUGUAAUGAACACAGCCAGGUGUUCGACCGCAGCGGAGAGGGCGACGGCCGCCUGGCGCCGCCCGACGCGCGAGAGGCCCUGAGGCGUGCCCUGCCGGCCGCCCCCGCGCACGCCCUGCGCCGCGCCGCGCCCGACGGCGCCCCGCUCGCCAUC